ACCCUCAAGACUCAGUAGCCCAGUCAGUCCUUUUUAUAUAGUCCCUGCCUUCAGGGGGCGGGAGAGAUACUGUACAAACUAGGAAAUCAGCUCUCCUGUCCCAUGCGGUAGCGGCGUAAUCAGGAGGGAACAGGGCUGACGCGCACCGCGCCACAGAGAGCUUUGGAUAUUGAUAAGCCUGUGACGAAGGAGCGGACAGCAAACUCCCAUUGUAUGCUACCACACUUGUGCUGCGCUUAGAGGCGCGCCGUGCGUUAUAAGGAGAGAAUCACCUCAUGCAGGCUACAACGCGUGGAAAAGGAACAUAAAAAGGAAUUUUAAUCAACUUGAAAAGUGUUAAUGUCUCGAGGGAUAACCUAGCAUUAGCCUAUAUUCAUGUGUAGCCUAUAAAUAACAUUUUACUAAUCUAGUCUAUAAUAUUGUUUGGAAGCUUUGUUUUAUGUAUGCAAGUAAUUUAAAUUGGUCAGAAGAUGUUUUUCUCAUUACAUAGAUCUUUUUUUUUUAGGAUAAUGUAAGAGGUCUAUUUUAAAGCCAUAGGCUAAAACAUUCGAUGUUUUAAUUUCACACUAUAACUUUUAAUGACUCGAGUUGUGUGAUACCAAACUAUCUGAGACUAUCGUCCCGAACGCAGGAGCUUGUGUUUGGAACACACCACCAACCGUUCCUUGGGGAUUUAACACAUCAAUUCAAGAUGGACCAAAUCAUCUUUAAAAAAGUCGCCUUACUCCCCUAGUCCCCUGACAGUGGAAUUUCGAGCUCGGUGGACGUUCGGCGUGGGAAGCGUAUCAUUGAGUAGGCAACAAUUGCUAAUUGACUGGAUACUUUGCUGAGACAAGCGUGGGUGUCCGUCCGCUCGCAACGCCAGGAGUUCCAAUUCCACAGAGCGAGCCGCUGUCCCUGCGCUUAGUGCUGAGCGAGAGACUCGUGCUGGUUCCAUAAAUGCUUGGUCUAUCGCGGAGAAUCCAGCCUGGGCAGCAAGAUGAGCUCGUGGGUUUGGGUUCAGCUGCUCGCGUUGUUUGCGACAUGUCUGCGGUCGGGCAGCGCAGAGGGGGAUCCUCUCCCUCCAGGUUUGGUGGAGCUGGUUAGGAGCAACCCUAUCUCUUCCAUAGAGGACCUGCAGCUGCUGCUGCUCAGUGACUCCAUAGAUGAGGAUGUUUCGGAUGAUUUCUUGCCCAGUGGACAACACUCCAACAACACUAGCAACCGACUACCAAGGAGUCUGGACGCCCAGCCGGCUCAGCAGGCACUAUGUAAGGUGAGGACAGAGGUGAUGGAGGUGACCCGUGCCAUGUUGGACCGCAGCAACGCCAACUUCAUGUUGUGGCCUCCCUGUGUGGAGGUACAGCGAUGCUCCGGCUGCUGCAACACCAAGACGCUGCAGUGUGUCCCCGUGCUGACGCACACCAGGCACCUACAGGUGAUGAAGAUCCAGUACGUGGAGAAGCGGCCCAACUACUCCAAGGCAGUCGUCUCGGUCCACGACCACGUGGAGUGUCGCUGCCAGCCCGCCCCUCGCCCCCCGGCCGUCCCCAAGAAGAAGUCCACGCCCCGCAGACAGCAGAAAGACAACAAAGGAGAGGGGCAUCCAGCCAAGGCCAGAUCUAAGGAGGAGCUGCACCGCAGAGAUGAACUGAAGCACAACCAGAGGAUCCAGCUGGAAGACUUGCUGGACCAGCACUGGAACCCCAAGGACAUCUCCACAGACGCAGGGGAGGGGAAAGGGGGCUAUGGGCUGGACCAUGACAAGAUGGAUCCUCAGUGGGUACUUAACGCUACCAGUCAGCUGGGAGCUAAGGAGUGGACCGAACGUCGACAUCACGAUGACAUGGAGGAGGGUAGAGACAGUAGUAGUGUCAACGGCACUACGACCGCAAUGGACAUCGACAUGGCACAACUUGAUCACGAGAAGAGAGACGGGGUCGAGGCACGAGGGGACACACUAGUUAACAUUACUGAGGGUAAUGUCAGUAGGGGAGAUAGGCUGCAGGGAAGUCUGAGUCUCGGUGAGGAGGGAGACCAGGCGACACAGAGACAACCCACACAAACACAGAGUCCCUCGCUACGCACCGACACAUCAAAGCAACAGCGACAUGGGACCAACUCCUCCUCAGAGGAAACCAGAAGCAGAGAGGGAGCCAAUCGAAGAACGGAACAGCGAUUCCAUCCUACGGAGGAAACCAAUCAGAGGCCCGAGAGCAGAUUCCCUCCCCUUGAGGAAGCCGAUCAAAGACGUAAAGACAAUGAGACCCCUGAUUCCGAGAGGAGGCUCCAGCACGCGCUCCAACUGGAACAGGAGAAGCUGGAGGAGGAACGGAAGGAGCUGUUGUCACUCCACAGGAGGCUGGACGAUGAGAAGGAGCACCUGAGACGGGAGCAACAGAAACAACAGCAAGAAGAAGAGGAGCAGAAGUACCCUCGGCCUAAUCAUAAACAUCAUCAAACUCAAACCACCACACAAAGAACAGACGCAGUGUCGCCCACUUCGACGCGAGCGCCCUCAGUCCUGGCUGGUCCCCGGCCACCUGCUCGGCCCGGCCCACCUAGGAAGAGAAUGAGGAAGAACAACCGCAAGCGCAUCAGCAAGGCUGCAAUGAGAGCAAUGCUAAUGUAGAACUUACAAUCUCUGUGCAGGGAGUGAUGCUCUCGGUCUUUGUUCUGGACAAUCCAGUGGCGACAGCGAGCAGUUAAUUCCUUUCUUAUGAGUUAAUAUUCAUGUGUCAGUAACCUGCCCAUCCUGUGACCGUGAGGUAUUCCCUAAUAGUACUAAUGAUUGUCUGGUGAACCCAAAACAACUCUUGGACGGAAAGAAAUAUGGGACAAGAAGAACGGGAUGUAAAUACAUACAAGGUUGAGGUCAUCCAUCAACAUAUCUCUGAUCCAUCAAAAGAUGAUCUCCUAUUAACAACAAGAUGUUCCCCCAGUCGGAUCAAGAACAUUGGAACGUUGGAACAGAACAUUCAAACAACAUUAGAACGUUGGAACAGAUCAUUGGAACAACAUUAGGACUUUGGGAGAUAUCAUUGGAACACUCGAAGAACGUUGGAACGUUCACAAGGAUGUUGGACUGUUGCUGGACAGUGCUAUUGGACCUCCCUCAUGACUUUUCAACAGCGUAGUAAACCACUCCAGUCAGUAGAGAUCAAGUCGGUUAAAAACUCUUUGCAUGCUCACCCGAGGCAUGGUUCAUUACAACUCCCACGAAGUGGACUGAUCACGCUUGUCAAGAAGACCAAGGAGAGAGAGAGCAUUUUUAUGUCAGUCCAAAUCUCCCAUUUCCCUAUGAGCACAAGACGCUGAAAAUACGUGUUCUUGGUUGAAAAUAUAUUUCAAAAAUACAUAUUUCAAAAAUGUUGCUCACUGGGUUCUGACAUGGGAGAAGACAUUUUCUUUUUCCAACUAGAAAGAUACACUGGUAGAGGACCGGGAAAAUACCAUGGCGAGCAGAUAUUACAGGGACAAUGGGAAAGAAAUUAUGACAUUUUAUAUGAGCUAGGACUGUUGGAAUGACUGGUAGUCUUGACUGAUGCGAGCAGAAUCCCUACAUUGUACUUAAGCUGCUCUAUAUGUACUAUUCCCACACUAAGGGAGGGCAAUAGAACUACACAGCAAAGAUAUUACGUGUCUCAAUAGUUACACAAUGUAGAAUCUCGUUUUCUAUAAAGAUAUUGAAUUGUAUUUAAAUUUGAUCUGAAACACUGGAAUUCCAUCAACAACAAUGCACAGGUUUGCCUUCUCAUGUUCAGCUGAGGCUUCCGCACUUCUUUCGGAGAGUGUGAUUAAAGAUGCAAGGUGCUCUACAGGGGUUGCAUUACACCUUUAUGUCUGUCUUUAACACGAAUGAUUCCUUAUAUCACAAAGGUCUCCUGUGUUCAUUAUCAAUAGGAUCACUGCAUAUGAAGUAUUUUGGGGGGUUGAAUAUCGAUCCCUCUUUCCGGUCUCAAUAUGAUUUGAGCCGUCAGCCUUUGUGCACACAGACCGUGGUCUAGAUUCAAUCAGAUCACGCAUUAUCCGACGACAGCAGACAGCCGCAUAGCGGAUGUUUUGGCGGUUUUAGAGGAGGAUUGGAGCCGUCAAAUUGGCUCAAAGUCAGAAAAUAAAGUGUAGUCUAUAUAGAAAUAAUUACGCUCAAAUUAAAAACUCAUUAAACAUUAGGAUUUCUAUCAUCCUAAUCAAGGUGUAGAUUGACAACUCACAUUCCAGUGUUCCAACUUGUAAACAAGGCUGCAAAGCAUUUCUGUUAAUGAGACUCAGCCAAUGGCAAUGUCCGCUUUAGGUAUAAUGCCGGGAGCCACUUACGGAUUUGACAGCCCUAAAUCGCCAAAACAACUGCUAUGCGGCUGUUGGCUAAAGCGAACUCGGAUCUGAUCGAAUUGAGCCCAAUGUAACUACAAUGAAAAGCUUUGAAAAGGGAAAAGGUGUUGUCUGUUGCCUGUUAUUCACUGUCUGUAUGAUAGACAAGUUAUGGUAAUGACUUUGUGUUGUAUAACGUUGUGUGUCAGUGUGGGUGUGUCUGUGCUCACGCGUGUGUACAAUUUGCGCGCGUGUGCCCGUUUGAGUGUUAGAGUAUAUGUAAGUAUGUGAACAGAAUCGUAUUUAUGCGUUUGAUCACUAACACUCAUGAAUCCAUAAGUCAGAUCGUCCCUUAUUCACAAUGCUCAUUGCUAACCAGUCCUUGUCUGCAUAGGGAACAGUAGAGAAUCAGACCUUGUGUAUCCUGAGGCUGUGUGUUGCUUUAUUUAAUAAAGGCAGACAGACACAGCAAGGGUACUGGAAUAGGCGCCAUUGUCAUUUUUAACACCGAGAAUUAUGCACUACCGAAUACAGAAAUUGGGGCUUCUCUCUAUCUCUCUCUCUCUGUCAAUUUGUGACAGCACACACAAACACGCCCCAGACUGAGACUGCAGUAUUGUGACCCAGCUAAAGCAGGGAUUGUGGAGAAAUCUUACAGUGGGACAAUAAUCCUAGUUUUAACACCCCUUUGCUACAAAAUGUUGACAUUUAAUAUUGAUUUACAGUAAGUUGUCCUAAAAAAAUGGGGUUCAAGCUUCGUUUAUUAGUAUCCUAUGGAUUUUACAAGGCCGUUUAGUCAAACUAUUUGGUGAAAAAUCUAACACUACAAUUUGAAGAGAAGAAGUGCCCUGAUAACAGUGUCCGAUAUUAAAAUCAGCAUGGGUUAGAUGUGUCAAGCAAAGAAGCUCAGUGCUUCUGUGUGGGCCACUGCAGGUCACCUUUCUGGUAUAGUGAGCUCACUUCAAAUAACCUAACUACCAGCCAAACUUAUUUUAAAUAUUUAAAAUGUGGCAUAGUUCAUAAUGCCUUCUUUCAACUGUAAUUAGUUAUUGUCUGUUUUGUUUUGAGUUAUGAAAAAAUGAAUGUUGUGAUAAUUGCCACUUAAAUCUAUUUUGAUAUGAUUAUAAAAAACAUAUGUGAGAAAGUG